AUGCCGUCGUCGACCGGUGGGCACGGUUCGCGAUACAGACCACGAUCAACGUCUCCCGGGUGUGUCGAAAAUGUAGUGUCCGCCGCCCACCGUAGCUCUCUUUCAAGCCCCCAUAGGCCUCUAUCCCCUUUCGCGGUAUCGCUCGUUAAUUCGAUUCCGGCAUUGGAGAUAUCUUCAGCAGCGAUGACGACUGUGAACGAAAUCAAGCUUUUCAACCGGUGGUCAUUUGAGGAUGUGCGGGUGGAGGAUAUGUGCCUCGCCGACUACAUUGCGGUCAACCAGAAGCAUGCCGUCUACCUUCCUCAUACUGCCGGUCGUUACAACUCGAAGCGAUUCAGGAAAGCGCAAUGCCCCAUCGUGGAGCGUCUCGUCUGCUCCCUCAUGAUGCACGGCCGCAACAACGGAAAGAAGAUCAUGGCGGUGCGCAUUGUCAAGCAUUGUUUCGAGAUCAUUCACCUGCUUACCGACCAGAACCCGAUUCAAGUCCUCGUUGAAGCCGUUGUCAACUCCGGCCCUCGUGAGGACUCGACGCGUAUUGGAUCUGCGGGAACGGUCCGUCGCCAGGCUGUCGAUGUGUCACCGAUGCGCCGCAUCAAUGUCGCCCUUUACUUGUUGUGUACGGGUGCUCGCGAGGCUGCGUUCCGUUCAAUCAAGACAAUCGCCGAAUGCUUGGCUGAUGAACUAAUCAAUGCCGCGAAGGGUUCCUCGAACUCGUACGCGAUUAAGAAGAAGGACGAAGUAGAGCGAGUUGCCAAGGCCAAUCGCUAACUGUGAAUGUAGCCAGCGAUGGAACCCCGUGGGCGAAAUGCAUUUAUUUGUGAACAGGUUGCGUGUUGUUGCUCGAUCGGAGCAAAGGACCUUCUUCCUAAAUCUUGCGGUCACUACUCUACCUUGGUACCCUCGUUGACAAUAAACGCCUUGGAGAUUGAUAUUUGUCUUUUCUCUGUUCACCGCUCA